UAUUAAACUGGGUCUUAGUUGAUGAUCGGAGAAUUAUUUCAUCCAGUGAGCGGCCAUGGCAGUCACCUGAAGAAAGUUCCAAGUUCAACGGAAGAUUGCAUUCGUGCUCCCUUCUCGACCACCACAGCGUUGCAACGGCAACGUCAAUCAUCUCUAGGUUUCACAACUCCGACGACGAUUUUCGUGAACUCCGUCGACAAAUGACAGCCAUGGCGGGUUUCAGCGUCCGAGCCUCGAUUCAGCUUCAACUUAGAGCUCUUUCAAUAUCCUGGGUGAAGAACAGCGUCGUUGUUACUUGCUUGAAUGCUAGAGUGUAUAGCUCGUCUGGUCCUGUUAGGUAUACUCCAAAAAGGUCUUUGAAUGAUAAGAAAUUAAAAACACCUUCGGUACCGGAAAUUGCGAAUGGAAACGAUUUCAGUAGUAAGUUGGAUGUUAAUUCUCCGAGGAUUGAGGUUAAACAUCGGGGUGCAGUACGGAGAAGUAAUUUUUAUGAUAAAUUUCGUGAUCAAAAUCCGGACGAGAAGAAAAACUAUUCAGCUGGUGGAAGUAUGGCAGGACUUAAAGAUGAAUUUCAUGACAAUUUGAGCUAUGUUGAUGAUCACUUGCAAGAGCCUGAGGCAGUAGGUGAGAAGGAAAAUAUUUACGGCAAGAAAGGUUAUGAUGGAAAGGUUGAUUUGCGGGGAAAUAAAAGUAGGCAAGAUGCUGAGAAAUUGGCAAUUGAAUUACUUGCAACAAGAGCCUUCACUGCAGUUGAGCUGAGGAAGAAAUUGCUUGGCAAGAGGUUCUCUCCGGGCACAGCGGAAGCAGUGAUCAAUGAUUUCAAGAGCAGGGGGUUGAUCAACGAUGGCCUGUAUGCUGAAGGAUUUUCUCAUUCAAGGUGGUCGUCCUCCAGUUGGGGACCCAGGAAGAUCAAGCAGGCACUUGUAAACAAGGGGAUAGGAGGGGAAGUUGCUGAGAAAGCAAUUAAACUUGUUUUUGAAGAUGGUGAAGAGUUUGGUGAUGAAAUGUCAAGUGUGAGUUUGUCAAAGAUUUCAAUGGAUCAUUUAUUCGUUCGAGCCUCGAAACAGUGGCUGCGAGGUCGGGAUAUACCGAAAGAGACUAGAAAAUUGAGAAUAGUUAGGUGGCUUCAAUACCGGGGUUUUGACUGGGGUGUUACUAGAGCCAUUCUUAAGAAGUUAGAAACCGAGUACCCUCCUUAGUAUUCUAAUGAAGAUUUUCAAGGAUUUCCAGGCCUUUGAUCCUCAUCUGCUUGGGAAAGUAUUGAUUUUUGGAGAAAUGGCUGAAACCAAAACUGUUCACCUCCUGAAUUGGCACAUUUGAGAUCUGAUUGCCCUAUGGAGAAUUGUUCUUCCUUUGUACAAUGAAUGAAUGGUUGAGUCCCUGUUUAUGAUACCAAGUUUUGGUUUGAUUUA